CUGGGGCGCUGGGGGGGCGGGCUAAGUAUUGGGUCCUGGUCUGGUUGCGGUCGCGGGUUAAUGACGUCACAGACUUUCGCGGGGGAAAUUCGAAAGUGGAUUUUGUACAGUGGAAAAGUGAAGUGAACUCUUUCUCGGGGUUUCCGGAGAGUGGGGCUGGAUAGGCAGCGGGAUUUUAGCGAGAGGCGGCGAAGCUGAUUUGGGGCAAGAGGACGAGAGAAUGUGCUCUGACAGAAGCGGACCGGUAGUAUAAAUAGUUGAAGACGCACUGAUUACUUUCUGGACCAGACUGGUUUAUAAAUUCUGAACAAAUGAUGGAAAGCCAAGAAUUUACCGUACUAUAUACUCAUCAAAAGAUGAAGAAGUCAAAAGUGUGGCAGGAUGGAAUUCUGAAGAUUACUCACUUAGGAAACAAAGCAAUUUUAUAUGAUGACAAAGGAGGCUGUUUGGAUAGUAUAUUUCUUAAGUGCCUUGAGGUGAAGCCUGGAGAUGACUUAGAAAGUGAUCGAUACUUAAUCACUGUUGAGGAGGUUAAAGUUGCUGGAAGCAUCGCUGUUAAACAGGAUGUCACUAAAGAAGCACCAGAGUUAAACUCAAGGAGGUUUAUAUCCUCUGGCCGGUCCCUUGGAUGUCAGCCCGCUGGUUUAAAAAGGAAGUUUACUGGUUUUCAAGGACCACGUCAAGUGCCAAAGAAAAUGGUUAUUACAGAGAACGGUGAAUCAGCUGCAUCACUUGAGGCUAAGAAACCUGGCCCUGCUUUCCUUUCUCCAGUCUACAGCUCACCUUCUUUGUUUUCUACUGUUGGCAAGAGAGAGAUAAAUAAUAUGCCAGCAGACUCGGAGAACACUGUCACUUACAAGAACAGAGAGAGAAAUGGCAUACCUUUUUCUUCAGUUGUCUCUAUUCCAUCCUUCAAGAUUAACCCAGAAAUGCUGUGUGAAGAAAAUUAUUUUUGUUCUCCUAUGAGUUCUGUAAAUAAGCAGUCAGAUUCUUUACUGACCAAUGAGGCCAUGAAAAGAGAUAGUUUGGCAUCUCACUGUUUAGGGGUUUCACAAAACAUCAGAAGCACAACACAGAUAUUAGCUCUUCUGAAGUCCAAAUCAACUAGUAUUUGUAAGGAACUAAAUUCUGAGAUUAAAGAACAUUUCCCUCAGAUACAGCCACAAGGAACUAUAAACAUUCCUAAUAAACCAAAGUGCUUAGUGGAACGGGAAGAGUGCGCUGAGGUGAAGGGCACAGAAAGGUUACACCACCAGCAUCAAUCAGAAAAUACCAUGAGAAGUAAAAGCCGGUGGGCCAUGUAUGUAUCCUCACAGAGUUCAGCUGCACAUUCUUCUGCUGAAGAUGGAAAUGGUAGAGAAAGGAAACCCAAGUCCCAGGGAGAGAAUAUAAAUUUAAAUUUGAGAGAGCUUUUGGUACAAAAAAGGAUACAGUUCUUUGAAACAUGUGCUGAAAAGGGGAAAAAAUAUAAUGAAGACAAGCCAGUAGAUAAUAAUGAUCAGUCCUGGGAUCAGGAAGUAACAUUGGAAACGCCUUCAUUCUGUGAAAGCAACAGCUUACCAGUUUCCUGUAGCAAUGUAGAAAGUGACGACUUAUCAGGAUCAGACAUUCAGGAAAAUGAUAAAAUACCUGUUCAUCAGAAUGACCAGAUGUGUGUAGAAGGGUCAAUUCUCAUUAGAGAAAAUGCUGAGGAGGUAAAUAUAUGUGGAACACCAGAAGAGGGGUGUAAACAACCAGUGUCGUAUCUGCCAGAAUGUGAACAUCUGCAAGUGGCAUCUUCUCUAAAUAGCACUUCUAGGAUCUCUGAUAAUACGACUGACAUGUUUUCUAAAAGUCAUACUGACAAUGAAAGUCUUACUAUUCAUGAACCUGUCAGUAAUGUAACACAACCACUUGUGGAGGUGACUUUUGACCUGAACAAUUUUGAAACCAGUGACACUGAGGAGGAAUCACAGGAAAGCAAUAAAAUUUCCCAGGAUUCAGAGGGUUGGGUAAGGGAAACUUGGGUUAAUGAUGGCAAUUCAGGUGUUCGGAAGAGAUGUGAGGAUACGAGCCAUGAAGAAGCUGACAGUGAACGUGUGCCUCUCUCAGCGUCUAGUGGGAGUACACCUACAGAGGCGUUUCCUGUUGAAGAGGCUCUGCCGUCACACUUUUGUGGUAAAAUUUGUGUAGGUUUUGACACAAGACCUUGGGAAACUGGAAACACUGGAAGAGAAAUAGAGGAGUGUAGUGACACAUUAAGCAAUUUUGACUCAUCUUUAGAGUGGACUGAUGAUGUAUACAUAAAUAAUAAUGAGGAUGUGAGUAAAUCUACCCCCAAGGUCAGAAUUAACUAUGAUUUUGUUUCACUUCCAAAUAAACCUAAAGGUAUAAAUACAAGUUUACAUAUUCCUCAUUUUUUAAACAAAGCCACUAAUCAAACUCCUGAAAAUAACCUAUUUUCAGAACAGGCUCAGCCGCAGCCCUUUAUUAUGGUAGGCGACUUACACAAAAAUGAUGAACAGGUUUUACCCUCCACCUCUAGCAGUGACAUCAGUAUCCAACUCUUGGGUGCCAGUCAGAAUCACUCUGAAGAACGUAUUGCACUUGAUAAAUCAAAUUCUCUAGUUUCUGAUUCUUUGUUUUACCCUCUGGGAAAAAAGCAUUCUAUUUCCAAAGACACAGAAGCACAUAUUCCUGAAUCUGAAGAUUUGGGGAGGAUUAGAAGUUUAUCUGGUGACCAUAUUGAAGUAGACACUGCUGGAGAAAGCAAACAAUACUGGAAUAGUCCUAGAAAUUCUUCAGAACUUUCUGGAUUAGUAAAUAACAUUUCGCUUUUAAAAUCCUUGUCUGAACACACUACAGCUUUAGAAGGCUUGGAAAUAUUGAAAAAGAAAAAUACUACCUUUAAGCAACAGGAAACUCUGCAGACGUAUGCGCCGGAUAGCAGUCCCGAAGCUAGGAAACUGUUGCCUACAGUUGUUUCACAAGCUAUACCAAACUCUCCUCAUCUGAACCAGGCUUCUCAACAGAUUAUGAAAGAAAAUGAAGUUGAACAAAGUGAACCACUACAGUCUUUGCAGUUCUUUUCCUUGGGAAGUGAAGAAGAGACUGCUUUUCUGGCUGUUAUUCCUAAACAAACAGAGAGAAAAACCUGCGACCCUAAGCCUGUUGAGUUUCAAGGGCACCAAGUAAAGGGAUCAGCUACUAGUGCUGUGCUGGUCAGAGGACACAGCUCCCAGCUAGAACACAGUCAGUUUCCAGAGAGUGCUGGGUAUGGCAGCUGCAUGACGGACACUUGUUUUUUGACAUCAAAGUUGCCUAGCACUUGUAUGCAGAUUGACUUCUUGCAGUUCCCAGAUGAAGAAAACUUUCCAAAAGGAAGUACUAGCUUUAACAUUGAAGACAAUUUUCAAGUGAUGGCUGAGUCUAAUAAGGGUUCAAUUGAAAAUGAUUCAAUUUUAGAUUUCUCUUCUAAAGAUUCAGAAUGUUCAUAUCAUCAUUUGGAUUAUAAUUUUAAAUCAGCAGAAAGGACUUCAUGGAAAGCAAAUAAGGUGACAUCACCAGAACAAAAGAUCUCAACAUCAAGUCCUGUUUCUACUUUUUCUUUGAACUCAAGAGAUGAAGACGUCAUGCCAAAAUUCUCUGAGGAGUCCCUGAAAGCAAGAACUUCACCUGUAAUGAGAAAAUCCAGUUCUCUGGAGAAUGAGAACCUUCAAAGGCUGCCUUUAGAAAUAAAUAGCUCUGAGCUAUGCUUCCCAAGUGGGCAGAAAAUAAAAUCUGCUUAUCUUCCCCAACGGCAGAUUCACAUACCAGCUGUUUUUCAGUCAUCUGCUCAUUACAAACAGAUUUUUUCAUCUUGUCUCAUAGAACAUCUAAAUAUAUUGCUGUUUGGAUUAGCACAAAGGUUGCACAAAGCUCUUUCAAAAGUUGACAUAUCAUUUUACACAUCAUCAAAAAGAGAGAAACUGAAAAAUGUGGAAAAUAAUGUGCCAUCCUGCCACCAUCAUCAACCUGCAAAACUUGUCAUGGUUAAAAAGGAAGGUCCAAAUAAGGGUCGCCUCUUUUAUACCUGUGAUGGAGCCAAAGCUGACCGAUGUAAAUUUUUCAAGUGGCUUGAAGAAGUGACCCCAGGAUAUUUAACACAGGAAGAAUCUCUACCUAGCGUGGUUUUAACUGAUAUAAAGAGUAUUGGCUUGUACUUAAGAAGUCAAAAGAUACCCCUCUAUGAGGAAUGCCAGCUUUUGGUGAGAAAGGGAUUUGAUUUUCAAAGAAAACGGUAUGGCAAACUAAAGAAGUUUUCUACUGUAAAUCCUGAAUUUUAUAGUGAAUCUAAAAGCAAACUCUAUCUUAAGCUGAGUCGGAAGGAAAUUUCUUCAACUUAUAGCAAAGAUGAUCUCUGGGUUGUUUCAAAAACCCUAGACUUUGAACUGGAUACUUUUAUUGCAUGCAGUGCUUUCUUUGGACCGUCAUCUGCCAAUGAGGUGGAGCUACUACCUUUGAAAGGUUACUUCCCCUCUAAUUGGCCCACUAACAUGGUGGUUCAUGCACUCUUGGUUUGUAACGCUAGCACAGAGCUGACCACUUUGAAAAACAUCCAGGACUACUUUAAUCCAGCUACUCUGCCUCUAACACAGAGCCUGUUAACGCUGUCUUCAUCAACUACAGUUAGCAACAAGAGAGUCAAUAAGAGAAAAUUUAUCCCACCGGCCUUUUCGAAUAUCAACACAAAGUUUGAACUCCUCAGCCUAGGAGCAACGUUGCAGUUAGCUAGUGAGUUAAUUCAGGCACACGAGUUAAACAAGGACCAAGCUACAGCUCUAAUUCAGAUAGCUCACAUGAUGGCCUCACACGAAAGCAUGGAAGUGGAGGAACUGCGAACCCCUACCCUCCCUAUCACCAUCAUACAUGGUGUUUUUGGAGCAGGAAAGAGUUAUUUGCUGGCAGUGGUGAUUUUGUUUUUUGUACAGCUAUUUGAGAAGAGUGAAGCUCCUACAGUUGGAAAUGCAAGACCAUGGAAACUUCUGAUUUCUUCUUCCACUAAUGUAGCUGUUGACAGAGUACUUCUUGGGCUUCUCGGUCUUGGAUUUGAAAAGUUUGUCAGAGUUGGAAGUGUUAGGAAGAUUGCCAAGCCAAUUUUACCUUAUAGCUUGCAUGCUGGCUCAGAAAAUGAAAAUGAGCAAUUAAAAGAACUACAUGCAUUGAUGAAAGAAGACCUGACUCCUGUGGAAAAAGUCUAUGUGAGGAAAAGUAUUGAGCAGCAUAAACUGGGAACCAAUAAAACCCUCCUGAAGCAGGUUCGAGUAGUUGGAGCUACCUGUGCGGCCUGCCCGUUCCCGUGCAUGAAUGAGCUUAAAUUUCCUGUGGUUGUGCUGGAUGAGUGUAGUCAGAUAACUGAGCCGGCCUCUCUCCUGCCUAUUGCAAGGUUUGAGUGUGAAAAGCUCAUUCUUGUUGGAGAUCCCAAACAGCUUCCUCCUACUGUUCAGGGUUCUGAUGCAGCUCAUGAAAAUGGAUUGGAACAAACUCUUUUUGAUCGACUUUGCUUAAUGGGUCACAAGCCAGUUCUAUUGAGAACCCAGUACCGUUGUCACCCUGCGAUCAGUGCUAUUGCUAAUGAUCUGUUUUAUGAAGGAAACCUCAUAAACGGUGUUUCGGAAACAGAGAGGAGCCCUUUAUUGGAAUGGCUACCAACGCUGUGUUUCUAUAAUGUCAAAGGACUGGAACAGAUUGAAAGAGAUAACAGCUUUCAUAAUGUGGCAGAAGCUGCUUUUACACUCAAGCUGAUUCAAUCACUGAUUGCAAGUGGAAUCUCGGGCUCUCUGAUUGGGGUGAUAACAUUAUACAAAUCCCAGAUGUACAAGCUGUGUCACUUACUGAGUGCCGUGGACUUCGACCAUCCUCAUCUUAAAGCUGUGCAGGUGUCCACCGUAGAUGCUUUCCAGGGAGCUGAGAAGGAGAUCAUUAUUCUGUCCUGUGUAAGGACGAGACAAGUAGGAUUCAUUGACUCAGAAAAGAGAAUGAACGUUGCAUUGACCAGAGGAAGGAGGCAUUUGUUGAUUGUGGGAAAUUUAGCCUGUUUGAGGAAAAAUCGACUAUGGGGGCGUGUGAUCCAACACUGUGAAGGAAGGGAAGGCGGAUUACAACAUGCAAGCCAGUGUGAACCACAGCUGAACCAUCUCCUUAAAGAUUAUUUUGAAAAACAAGCAGACGAAAAACAGAAGAAGAAGAGUGAAAAAGAUAAAUCCAAAGAUAAAUCUCAUUCACAAAAGGACGUGGGUAUGUGUGUGAGGUUUUCUCAAGGUUCUUUCACAAACAUUACAUUGAUCCCCAGUGAGGAGAACACGUGUUUUCCCUAUUUUAUAAAUGAGGAAGCCAAGAUCAGAGAAAUUGAAGUGACCCACCUAAACUACUAUAACUAGUACAAGGCAGAGCUGGAACCCAGACAAAUCCAGCUGAGGCUCUUCUGCUGUACUGCACAGCCUGCAUGGUAAUAACACAUACGGUUCAAUAUUCAAGAGAACAAAAGGGAAUGAUGUGAACGUCUUCCUUCGUCUUGUGUCCCCAGCCACCCGCUGUCCUUCCCCAGAGCCAAUCGAUAUGUAAGCUUCUUGUAUUUCCUUCCAGAAAUAGUUUACUUACAUACAAGUCAACACAGAUAAAUGGUCUCCCCCUUUUCAUGGUAGCCUACUAUACACACUUUCUUGUACAUCACCUUUUUCACUGAACAACGUAUCUUAGAGCUCAUUCCUUGUUGUCGAUACUUCUAAAAUGUCACCUGGGACUAGUCAUCACCCUAAAUUACUCCAACAUGCCGCUGAUCACAGCCUCUCCCUCACUUCCCUACACACACUUUCUGGCUUCAUCAUGAUCUCUCAUCUCCCAGCUCUUUACUAUUCUGCCAAUCUGUCAGCCUCCUUUUAUCUUUCUUGUCUGCCUGGAUGCCACUCUCAACGGCCUUGGUGCAC